UGGUCAUCUAUUAUUUCGCCUAUAACUUUCAAUUCGCUUGUCUCUUGUCAAAAAAGUUAAUAAUUUCCUUUGGUUCAAUAUGCCAAACGAAAAGAUCAAAAUUUUCUUGUUUCCGCUGUAAAAAAUUCAACUCAUCGGUUUAUUUCUGUUAUAUGAAAGCAGCAACUAGGGUUGUUACAUGCCCAAGCUUCGAUUUCGGGCUUCGUGAACAAAAGCUUGGGCUUGCGUGUUAGGGUGAGGGUGACCUUGGUGGUCCAUCAAAACCUUUUGAAGGACGACUCUUCGAAAACUGUGGGUUUUGGCGUAUAACAGUCAUUUCUCAAUAUCUUCUUCAUACAGAGCGAACGUAUUCUUUUGCUGUCUAUUUCCUUUAUUCUUAAUAUUUUACAAAUAGUUUUACUAGUAAAUAUUUCUACGUGUUCUGACUCUCUUUUGAAGUUUCUUUCUUUUUUAUUUUUGUGUUUGUGGGCUGAUGGUCGAUUUAAGGCGUUAUGUUGAACCUAAUUACUCUAAACCCCAAAAUCUGAUGGUACAACCAUGUUCUAAUGUGUAUGGAAAGGCGAUGCGAUUAAUGCAUGAUGAUAGUAGCUAUGAGUUCCUUGAUCAUGGUUAUGGUAACUACGGACAAGAUGGGUAUAAUGUUAAUAGGAAUAAUUAUCGGAAUGGAUUUCAGUGUAAUUUUAGUCAAAUGAAUGAUGUUAGAUAUUAUUGUAAUCAUGGUGGAUAUAACACAAAUGGUUUUGAUAAUAUGAAUCAAAUUCCAAAUCCUAAUAUUCUAUCUCAACAGAUGUAUGAUUCAAAUGCCUAUAGUCAACAGCAAAGUGGUAAUAUGUCGAUUGACAAUUAUGUUGAUAUGGAACGUCGUGGUACAAAUGAGGCCCAGUUACCAAAUAUCACGGACCAAGCUAUAAACUAUGCAAUAUCUAGAUACUCUUUUGGUGUAUUGUAUAAUGAAAAUAACUGGCCGAAGGAAUUGGGCGGAAGUAGAAUUGGGAUGGAAACAAAGCCGUCUAUACCUCCGCAAUUAGCACCCUAG